AUGUCUGUGAAUGGGAAUGAUGCUAGGGGUGCUGGGAAGCCGCUGGACGCGCCGCUGCCGCAGAGUGCCGCUGCCGCUGCUGCUGCUGGCAGAGCAAAUAACAAGGUGACGUCGCCAGUUUUGAGGAGUUCUGCGAGCCCCACGGGCACAAUAAAGUCGCAUACAAAGUCGAUCAUGAACGUCAGUGGGACUUCUGGGGCCGUGGUGAGUAACACCCCAGAACCUGGGCUGAAAAGAACGCCUACUGUCACUUUCAGCGACCCAAAAUCAGCUACCGUGGUGAAGGUAUCGUCUCCAAAGGGGGCUACGCAGAGUCUCCUGGGGGAACCGUCGCCGCUCGUCAGUAACAGCAACAACAACACGAAUAACAAGCAGCAGCAGCAGCAACCAGAGUCUAUAUACAGGGAGGCUGGGAGGCCCGUAAAUGCUACGACGGCGGGGGUUGCCGCUCCCUUCAAAGAUAUGAGAGUGGAUACGAAAGUGCCGCGGCAACAGGAGGGAGACAUCUCGACGCCAAUAUCCACACUGUCUCCAAAACAGGAGUCAAGUAUCAAGACGUCUCUGUCGGAUAUUCUGAAAGACGGUGGUUCGACCGCGUUGAAGCCCUUUGAAGGUUUGCGAGACCACGCACACUUCUUGGUCGACGACGAGUUGCACACGCCUGCUUCUCUGAAAUCGUUGCCCGGGAGUAACAGCACGAGUCCACGCGGGUCCAUGUCGAAUGGCGUGGACGGCGGGAAGCCGCUCGAGGCUGUCAUCGAGGAGGAACAGUUGCCCGAAACGAACCACUUCAUCAACUCUGUCGCGGGUGGUGGUGCAGGCGUCGGUCUCGGUACCAUGGCAUCCUCAGCGCAGGGCGUACAGGGCAACGCGCAGUUGCCUACGGAUAACAAGCAGACGAUAGCGCCGAACAUCCCCAAAAGAGAGACCGGGAAGAACAUUGACCCGCGGUUGCCGCAGGAUGAUGGGAAGCUGCACGUCCUGUUCGGGGGUACCGGUUCCCUAUCCGUGUUCAAGAUCAAGUCAAUGAUCAAGAAGUUGGAGGAGAUCUACGGGAGGGACCGGAUCGGUAUACAGGUGGUGCUGACGGAGUCCGCGGCCAAGUUCUUUACGAAACGGUACUUGAAGAAGACGAGUGCGAAGCAGCAGAAGGAGCACGGAACGCCGCUAGUGACGCCGACGACGGAAAACGUACCCGGUGGGAUGCACGCGACGCCGUCGUCCGCCUCGUCCAAUGCCCUCUAUGCGAGCAAUGCGUUUAUUCAGCGGGUGAGCUCAGACAUCUCCGUGAUGUCUGGUUCCGCGCAGCAGAGGGGCAACAGCAACACGAGUACCUGCUCUGUUGCGAGCAGCGCGCCACAGCAACAGCAGCAGCAAUCGUCGACGCCGCCCGCGCAGAUCGAGUUGCCCGCGCAUAUACAAGUGUGGCGGGACCAAGAUGAAUGGGACGUGUGGAAGCAGCGGACGGACCCUGUGCUGCACAUAGAGUUGCGGCGGUGGGCCGAUAUCUUGGUGGUGGCGCCGUUGACCGCCAACACGCUUUCGAAGAUUGCGCUUGGGUUGUGCGACAACUUGCUGACCAGCGUGAUACGAGCAUGGAACCCUAUGUUCCCGAUUUUCUUGGCCCCUUCGAUGGUGAGCUCCACUUACAACUCGAUGAUGACCAAGAAACAGCUACAGCUGAUCAAGGACGAGAUGCCCUGGGUGACUGUGUUCAGGCCGAGCGAGAAAGUUAUGGGGAUAAACGGUGACAUCGGGCUCGGCGGUAUGAUGGACGGGAACGAGAUCGUCGACAAGAUAGUCAUGAAGCUGGGUGGAUACCCGGAGGAUGAGGAUGAUGAGGAUGACGGCGAGGAGGGUGAGGAUAACGGUGACGACGACGAUGAUGACGACGAAGACGAAGACGACGACAAGAAGAAAAAGGAUUCGAACGACGACGAUGACGACGACGACGACGACGACGAUGAUGAUGAUGAUGAUGAUGACGAUGAUGAUGAUGACGAUGAUGACGAAGAUACCGAGCAAAAACCCGUCAAGUCUAAUCAAAUAUAG